CUUCUGGUGACUUGAAUUUUGAGUUGAUGUAAUGUAUACUUAACCCUUUCUUGUAAAGAAACUAACCCAAGUUUCUUUACAAGAAAGGGUUGUUCAAAAAUCAAUUUUGAUGGGAUCUCAAUACCAGACGGAAAAUGAUAAUAUGUGUCUGGAGUGGAGAAAAGGGAAAGUGAGCCCAAUAGUGAAUAGCAUAAGAGCAAGGCUACGCCCCAAAUCCAUGCCGUUUAAUAUAGUUAAUGAUGGUGAUGGAUUGCCCAGGAUUCUAUUGACUGAGCCUUCUGGGUCAUCGGCAGAGGUGCUUCUAUAUGGUGGGCAGGUUGUUUCAUGGAAGAAUGAAAAACGUGAAGAACUACUUUUUAUUAGUAGCAAGGCUAUUUGGAAACCACCAAAAGCCAUCAUGGGAGGCAUACCGGUCUGCUUUCCACAGUUUGGAACUCUUGGUUCACUUGAGCAACAUGGAUUUGCAAGGAACAGGAUGUGGUCAUUGGAUAGUGAUCCUUCACCAUUGUCUCCAGUAAACAACCAGUCAUCAGUGGAUCUCAUAUUGAAGUCCACAGAAGAAGAUUUAAAGACUUGGCCUCGCAGCUUUGAGUUGCGGCUUCGGGUUUCUCUCAGCUCCAGCAAGCUUAAAAUAAUUACUCGUGUGAGAAAUACUGAUAACAAGGCUUUCUCUUUUACUUUAGCAUUGCGGAACUACUUGUCUGUAUCAGAUAUCAGUGAAGUUCGUGUUGAGGGCCUGGAAACACUCGAUUACUUUGAUAAUCUGAUCCAGGGAAAAAGGUUCACAGAACAGGCAGAUGCAAUUACCUUCGAUGAUGAGAUUGACAGAGUGUAUUUGAGGACCUCAACAAAGAUCGCAAUUAUAGACCAUGAAAAGAAACGAACUCUUGUGUUGCAGAAGGAUGGCAUGCCAGAUUCUGCUGUAUGGAACCCAUGGGCCAAAAAAUCCAAGGCUCUCCAAGACAUCGGAGACGAGGAUUACAAAACCAUGUUGUGUGUGGAUUCUGCUGCUAUUGAACACCCAAUUGUCUUGAAACCCUUCGAAGAGUGGAAAGGGCACCAAGAGCUUUCUGCUGUGUCGUCAAGCUAUUGUAGUGGACAGUUGGAUCCUCAAAAGGUUCUCAAUGGCUUUCGCUGACUUAACCAUCAAUGCCAAAGUAUUUAUGUAACUUGUAUGUAUGUAUUUUCUUAUUUACCUGUAUUUCCUCGUGAGUAUUAGCUUUCUUGUAAUAUCUGGGAAUGGCAGUUCAACUGCAUAUUGGAGUGUACAGUUGAAUUCUAUAUACGAUACCAUGGAUAUUGACGCAGAAAAGAAAGAAAAUACAGAUCAUUGAUUUUCUU